GGAACAACGAACAAAUGAAUGGACGUCGUAUUUCCUCUAGUUAUUUCCAUGUUGUUUUCAAUGUAGUUCAUUUUAAUCUGAAGUGUUUUAGUAUGUUAAGAUGAGGUUCGUAUUUGAUAUUUAUUGUAUGUGUGAACUUUGGAUGUGUUUUUGGUGACAUAUCUGGAUCCUCGUGAUAUUAAGCUAAUUGCAAAGAUGUGAUGUUCUGUUCGAAGUUCGUAGUUUGUUAAAUUUUCAUGUUAAAAUGCUUUGGUUGUUUUAGCUGAAAUGUCAGAAGAUAAUGGUCUAAAUGUAAUUGAAGAUGUUACGAAAAUUUUAAGUGAGACUAAAACCAGUAAUCUUUUUGAUAUAAAGGUUAUCCUCGGACAGGGAAAGAGCUCAAGUGAACCUGACAUUCCCACUAAAUCAUCAAAUGAGAUUUUGUCUGAGUUAUUUAGUCAAUUUAAUGCAGAACCUCCAAUAAUUGAAGAAAUCUGUGAAAUUAACCUCUGUGAAUCAGAAAAAGAUACGAAGAAAAAGAGUAAGAAAAGCAAACAUCGUAAACAUAAAGUAAAAAGUCUCAAGAAGAAAAAAUCUAAGGAAAGUAAGAAAAAUAUCGAGAUUAAUAGUGGUGAAAGCACUGAGGACGUUAAACAUCAUAGACACAGACAUUCUCAUAAUUCGAAGAAGAAAGACAGGAAAUCUAAAAAAGUCUCAACUGUAGAUAUUAAAGUUGAAAAGUUUGGUGAGGAACCAACAGCUACUGUAGAGACUUUUAAGGAAACUGUCGGUUCAGAUCCUGUGGUUAAAAUUCCGCCCGUAUUGACUGCCAUUGAUAACGUUUCAGUUAAAGUGGAAACUGACUUUCGUGGUAAGGAAACCAGGACAGUUGAAGUGAAGACUGACUCUAAGCUCAAGCCAGUGAAUGAACAUUCUCCUAAUAUGGAUCUUGCGGAGUCAGCUGUGCAGAAGGACGCGGUUACUAAUCAACAAACUAUUAGUGUUGAAUCUACUGCUACCAAUUACAAUGGUGCAGUUGAAGCAUCUGUGGCUAAUGUGGCACAGAAUUCAGUGCCUGAUCAAGUUUCAGGUGAUCCUGAUACAGUCAUGAAAGACAAAUCAGGUGCCAGGCCUGGUGGGAAGGGACGCAUCGUCAUCAAGAACCUCAAGUACAGUGCAGUGUAUGAGGAGACUGUCCGGCAGGUGGAGGAGGCAGCCAGGGUCAGGGCGGAGAGGUACGAGGACGGCGAAAUAACAGACACCAGCAGCGACGACCCCGGCAAGCAGCAGAGCACCGACGGGGCCGAGAGUUCCGUAUCCGUGGACGAGAAUUCAGUUUUGACUGCAAUUGAAACUGAAGAACUGAUCCCUGCAGCCCAAGAGACAGCGGAGCCUGUAAACACCAAUGGUCAAGAUGAAAACGCUCCCAAAGAAAGCGAAAGCGCAUGCGAGGAAAGUUCAGUAAGUAAAGAAGAAACUAAACUGGAUGAGAAGCACACAAAGGACAGAAGCAAUAGUAGGCACAGAAGUAGAAGCAGAGAUUGCAGCAACAAAAGCAGUAAGAAUACCCGAAGUAAGCACCGUAGUAGCAGCAAGCACCGAAGUCGCAGCAGGCACCGAAGUCGCAGCAGGCACCGUAGUCGCAGCAAGCGUCGUAGUCGCAGCAAGCGUCGAAGUCGCAGCAAGCGUCGUAGUCGCAGCAAGCGUCGAAGUCGCAGCAAGCGUCGAAGUCGCAGCAAACACCGGAGUCGUAGCAAGCACCGUAGUCUCAGCAAGCGUCGAAGUCUCAGCAAGCGUCGAAGUCGCAGCAAGCGUCGAAGUCGCAGCAAGCGUCGAAGUCGCAGCAAGCGUCGAAGUCGCAGCAAGCACCGGAGUCCCAGCAAGCGUCGGAGUCCCAGCAAGCGUCGGAGUCGCAGCAAGCGUCGAAGUCCCAGCAAGCAUCGGAGUCGCAGCAAGCGUCGAAGUCGUAGCAAGCACCGGAGUCCCAGCAAGGCUCGAAGUCGUAGCAAGCAUCGUAGUCGCAGCAAGCGUCGGAGUCGCAGCAAGCACCGUAGCCGCAGCAAAGGAAGAAGUUCUAGCAGGAGCAAGGCAAGGCAUGGGCGGAGUGAUAGCAAGCACUCAGAGAGAGCGAGGAGUAAGAGCAAAGACAAGAGCAAAGACAGGCUUAAGAGCACCAGCAUCAGCCGGAGUCAAAGUAAACGGAGAAGCAACUCCAAGAGUAAGAAAGAGGAGGACAGGAGUCGAAGUAGACGAAGGAGUACAAGUAAACAUGGCCGCAUUAAUAAACAUAGGAGCAGGAGCACACACAGGAGCCGAAGUAGACAUAGGAGCAGGAGCAAAAGUAAGCACAGGCAUAGGAGCAAAAAUAGGAGCAGAAGUAGAAGCAAACGAAGAAACAGAAGCGGACACAGAAGCAGGAGUAAACACAGGAGUAGGAGUAAGCACAGGGGCAGAAGUAAGCACAGGAGUAGGAGUAAGCACAGGAGUAGGAGUAAGCACAGGAGUAGGAGUAAGCACAGGAGUAGGAGUAAGCACAGGAGUAGGAGUAAGCACAGGAGUAGGAGUAAGCACAGGAGUAGGAGUAAGCACAGGAGCAGAAGUGCUAGUAAAAUUAAAAGAAGUAGCAAAGCUAGGAGUGUCAGUAAAGAGAGGAGUAGAAGCAAGGAGAAGCAAGACAUCAAAGAUGGGGAAGAUAUCAAAGAAAGCAACAACAGUGAAGAGAAGAGUGACUCUAAAGAGAGGCAAGAUAAUGCAGAGGUGCGAGAUAUCUUAGAUAGCUCCGGUGACAAAAAGGAAGAAGAAAUUAACUCUAAUGUGAGCAACAGCGUAGAGAUGCAAGCCAGUGUAGAAGAGCCGAAUAAGAAAGACAAUGAAGACAGCAAAAAGGAAAGUAAUAGCGGAGAAGAUGUAGACAGUAAACUGAGUGACGGCAAAGAGGAGCAAGAUAGCCAAACAAGUAUGGAAAGCAAAACUAUAUGUGACAGCAAAGAAGGAGGAGAAGAUAUUGACACAAAGAGUGACAUCCAAGAGAAGCAAGAUAGCAAUAAUAAGCAAGAUAGCGAGAAAGAGGAAGUCAGCAAGGAUAUGCAUGACAACAAAGUAAGUGAAAGCAACACUGAUCAAAGUGGUGAAAGCAAAGAAAACAUAACCAGUAAAACAACGAAAGAUAUCAAAGAGAAAAGUGACAUCACAGAAGAAAGUGAUACCCAAAACAAGAGCGACAGCAAAGAGAAGGGUGAUAGCAAAGACGAGAAAGAUACCAAAAAGGAAAGUGGGAGCAAGAAAAGCAGCAGUAGUAAAAAGAGAAGUAGCAGUAAACAAAGAAGCCGAAGUAAGAAAAGGAGCCAUAGUAAGAAGAGGAGUCACAGAAGCGGGAGUCAUGGUAGCAGCAGACGCUCGAAGCGCAGAAGGAAGCGUUCCCGUUCUCGUCGCAGGUCACGCUCCAACCCCAACCACAUCGACAAGAAGAAGCUGUUGGAGAUUGCUCGCAAGAACGCCAUGACCAUGCUGAAGCAAGGCGCUCUGCCGGCGGAGACGGUCGCCUCCCAGGAGCGCGUGAUAGCCAUCAAGGCCGGCGGCAAGAGCGUCGCUGAGCUCACAGAUUUCUGCAAGAAGCUGUCCAGCAGAGAGGGACACUCUAGUGACUCUGACCUCAGCACGGACAGCGAACUGGAGCGGCCGUUCCACCACCCCUUCCAGAUCAAGGAGCGGCCUUUGAACAUAACCUUCAACAUCAGGAACUCCAACCAGCUGCCAGUGAGGACUCUCCAGGAGAAAACGGCCGAGCGGUCGAAGCAGCUGACGAUACAGUUUCCCGUGUCCAGCGGGCAACAGCACAGGAAGACGGAGAGCGAGUGGGUGCCUGUGACGCCCGGGGACUCCAUGGCCCUGGUGCCCGUCACGCCGGUGGCCUCCGUGCCGGUGCCGCGCGAGAGCCGCCCCCCGCCGCCGGUCCCGGCCCUCCCGGAGCCCCCUCCCAUGUUCUCCACCCCGCCGCCUCCGAUCCACGCCCUCCCGCCCCCUCCGAUCCACGCGCUGAUGCCCCCGCCCCCUCCCCCUCCGCCGCCCCCGCCGGCCAGCGCGAGCAUCUUCCCGCCGCUGCCGCCCGACGAGGACCGGGAUGUAGGCUCGGCAGAGUCCCAGCGCCUGACAGCCUUGAAACGACUGCAAGAGAACCCUCACGACGCCCACGCUCAGGAAAUGCUGCACCGGGCAGAGCUGGAAAUGCAGUGGGCGGACUCCCCGCACCAGCCCGGCCACUUCACGGGCAGCACCGGGGUCCGGGUGCUGAGUCCGGCGCAGCUGGCGGGCGGCACGCAGGCCUGGGCCAGGAAAGGCCUUAGCUGAGUUUCCGCAGCAUUCGGGAGGCGAGGAGCUUAGCUUGCCCUCGUGUGUGUGCUCACGGUGAGUAAACAAGCAGCUGUGUCGCGUGGGAGGACGUGCCCCGUGAGGUGAGGGCGUGUCCCGCCGGCCGAACCGAGGGAGGUGAACAACCGUGUCCCAUUGAUUACCUGUGUCCAAUAAUUAGUUCAUUAUCUUUGAAAGAUUUGUGCAAUGGGAGUGCAUGACUUGAUGUAGGCUUUUGGACAUACGCCAUUGCUAAGCACAUGUAUGUCUGUAGAAGAAGACUACAUGUGCUUAGCAAUGGCGUAUGUCCAAAAGCCUACAUCAAGUCAUAAUUAGUUCAGUUGUCCAGUAAUAUCCAGUGAAUAUUUGAAGUUCGUAAAGUCAUUACCCUGACAAAGGUUCUUCGCAGGUAUUUUGCUUUCAAAUUUUAUACCAUUUGUGAUGAAGUAAAGCAAAAUUGUUUGUAACUGUUUUAAAAAAAAUUUUGUCUUUGUUUUUUAAUUUUUUUUUCUCACAAAUGUUAAUUAACUGCCAUUCCCAGACCAUGUGAUCAAAAUUUUCACUGAUUGUCAUUCACUGUAGUAAAUUUGAUGAGUAACUUUGUUUUAAAAAUUAUAUUAUGUAUUAUUUCUUAAUCUUAACUGUGUGUGGUUUGUUAUAGAUAAAAGGUUCAGAGAUGGAAAAGUGGAGGUAAAGUAAGCUGGCUGUUGGAUUGUACACCGUUUGUACCCAAGUACUAACCAGGCAAUAUUUUUUUAAUAUGGUUUUAAGGAAAUUAUUAUUGUGGAUCUUUCAUGGAUUAAUAAUAAUUUGCCAGAAUUUAGAUAAAAAAAAGAAGAUAGUCUGCUCUACCGUGAUAUCUGCUAAAUAUUACAUCAAGUUGCCUUCAAGUAACGAAAGCAUAGGUUUCGUGUUUGAUUACACACCUUCAGUUUGAAUUUCAGUGAGUUGGCAGCAUGUGUCGCAGAACUGUGUUGCUAAGCCCCCUCCAUAAUGCCUCUGUGGCUGGCUAGCUGCAUGCACUUCACACCAAUUUAUAUUGGUUUUCACUUUUUCUUUAAAAUCAAUAUUUAAUAAUAAUUUAAUACUUUAAGUUGCAUAUGGACUCAGAAGAAACAUUCAUUGAAGGCUUGAUUUAUUGAUGUAAUUAUUCACUGUCCCUGUCUGCAAAGUUCACAGUCUCUCACAAAGUUAAAUUUCUGUCCACUUGACUUGGGUGUAUUUCUUCUUCAGUUAGUUGAAUAAAUAGUGUGUCAGUAUCCUUCCGUGAGGCGACAAGGAUUCUGUAAGAAAAUAGUUCAUGUCCAUAUUUAAUACCAAUUAUCUAUGUUCUACAAGUUUCAAAAGUAGUACGACAGUUUGCUUUGCGAAAGCAGAUGGACUGCGUUUGGAAAUGCUAACUAUCCCCAGUUGGCGGGGGGGAGGACAUCAUCGGAAGAAGAUUGCAAAUGUAUCUGCUGCUACCAAGGUUAAUGCAGACGUUUAAUGGGGGGAAAAAAAAUUUUUUUUUUUCCAACACAACACUUGUAUUACCACAAGUACAAAGUAUUUUUUUUUUUUUUUGUUGAGGAGUGUUAACACCGUGCAUGUGUUGAAGCUGUUGUGUCGGAGGUAGAGGUUGUGGUGUGUGCCGUCGGGAAGCGAGGCGUGGUAACGGCAGGCUGUCUCUCGUGAGCGUGCCGUGAGCGGGUGUCUGACGGGCUGGUGUCGUGGCUCCGGCAGAGCGAGGCGCUGACAGCCGCGGGUCUGGUUUGGGUCUCGGCAGGACCAGCUACAGGCGGCUGCUC